AACUCACUGUCUAUGUCUGUUCCUGUUUUAUAGUAAAGCUGCGUUCCGUCGGUGUCUGUCUGUCUCUCUCUGUCCUCCCUCCUCUCUCUCUCUCUCUCUCUCGCUUCAUCCCCCUCUCCUUCCCCUCGCUCUGCAUGUUCACCCACACUCCCUCGGUCAGACGCCUCACUUCGGCCCCUCCACCGUCCGGGCCAGUAGCAUGGACAGCCGGAUACUCGAGCACCCCCACGCCCAGUUCGGAGGCUCUCUGGGCGGAAUGGUCGGUGUUGGCUUCCCCUACCACCUGGGACACCACCACGUCUACGAGCUCGCCGGUCACCAGCUACAGUCCGCGGCCGCCGUACCCUUCUCCAUAGACGGAUUACUGAACGGGUCGUGCUCGGCCUCGGUGGUACACGGCUCCGGUCCUCUACUCUCCUCUGGCUGCGGGAUUAACGGAGAUAAUCAGUACAAACUCUCAGAUUCGGGGGACCCAGAUAAGGAUAGCCCCGGUUGCAAACGGAGACGCACGCGGACCAAUUUCACCGGUUGGCAGUUGGAGGAGCUGGAGAAAGCUUUUAACGAGAGCCACUACCCGGAUAUCUUCAUGCGGGAGGCGCUCGCGCUGCGGCUGGACCUAGUAGAGUCCCGGGUCCAGGUUUGGUUCCAAAACCGGCGCGCUAAAUGGAGGAAAAAAGAGAACACUAAAAAAGGCCCGGGGCGGCCAGCCCACAACUCCCACCCGACCACGUGCAGCGGAGAACCCAUGGACGCGGAGGAGAUCGCACGUCGGGAGCUGGAGCGCGCGGAGAAAAAGAAACGGAAACAGGAGCGUAAACUGCUGAAGUCUCAAAACAAGUUACUCUCCGGUGACCUCUUCCACACACCCGGCGGGUCAGACAGCGACAGCGGUGUGUCACAGAUCACCGACAAUGAGCAGCAGCCUUCAUCCAACUGUAACGGGAGCCUUCAGUCUGAACCGGGAGGACGACACCACCACCACCAAACGGAACCAGCCAGCUGUGAACAAACCCAAACACGUCCCCAGUUUGGUCUCCUCCAGAACCAGCACCACGACCACCACCACAACAACCAAAGAAGCGCAGGGGAGAUAGGACCGGGACCUGGGGUCCAGGAGCAGGCGUCCCCGGGCAGUACGCACGGUCCUGGACUUGGCGGCUCCAGGUCCUCAGGCCUCCAGAAACUAAACCCGUUCAGCGUGGAGAGCCUUCUCUCUGACGCCACACCUCGCCGGAAACCACAACUGGACUUCAGCUCGCUGUCCAAUCAGAGGCCGCUGAUAGGGAAGGGUCACUUCCUGUUGUACCCCAUUACCCAUCAGCCACUGGGCUUCAUUGUCCCACAGACGGCCCUGAAAACCGGGCUGUGCCAGGACAACAACAACAGCAGUGGGCCUAACCCGGGACAGAGAUGUGUGACUAGUGAGUCUACAGGUUACAUCAACUGUCAUCAUCUGGCUCAUUUGGGCCUAAACAAACCCCUACACCACAAGCAUGUUAGUAACUGUGUGGACAGGAGCGGGAGUGAAGCACCGCAGGGAAGCUACAACAAUAACGCUCCAGAUUCCGUUUCCCCCCCACCCCAGAGCUCUGUUUCAGUUCAAACGACUUUAACGAGAACCAGUUCAACUCAGUCCAGCACGGGUAGUGACGCUAGCCGGGAGGGUGAUGACCAACCCGGUUCGUCACGAGUUACGGACCUUCACGACAGCCAGAGGGAGCCCACGAGAGAGGACUCGUCACCGGAGCCCUUGCGGUGUUCUGGCGCCAAGCCAGAGAGUCAGGCGGAGCACGAGGAGCCCGGGACAGAUGGAGAAGACGUGGAUAUGGACUAACGCUGGUGCUGAAGCAUUAUAUAAACAGAGACAGACUAAAAAUAGGCCAACCAACCCUGCUCGGCCACAGACUAGAUCUAAACAUUCCCAAAGCUACAAGACACCGUUUAAAACAUAUCAGACAGACCUACUCUAUUGUUCUAUUUUUUUGGAACAGAUUCUCUGAUAGAUUCAGACGGCGCUGUAUUCCCUACUACUUUCCAAACUGAACUUACAUAAAUGUUUAUUUCAGAAGGAGAAAAAGACAAAACAUCUCAACACAGAAAAGCAACAAAAAUCCUCAAACAUUGUACAUUUCUUUUGAGAAAGUAUAAAAAAAAAAAUAUUUAUAUAUGUAAACAUUUUGAUAAAUAAAGUUCUUG